AUGGAUCCAUUUCAACCUCAUUCCCUAUAUCAACUCACCCAAUUUAUAUCCCCAACACGCACAAUACAUGGACCACCAUACAUGGCAGCACCAUGUCUUUUGCGGUCAAAAAGCACAGGCGCAAUUACUGUCCCGCAAUUCGCCGACGCGCUCAAUCGAACAUGGCUUGAAUCGUGUCGUUUUCGCCCGGGGACGACAUCAGUCGUGCCCCGUAGAUUAGGUCUAGCUAUCAGUGGGGGAGCAGAUUCCAUGGCCUUGGCAUAUCUAUGCAGGCAGUGGGAGAGACAGAAGCAAACCCAAGCCCGGGGCGUCAAUGUUAAUAGCAAUAACGGGGAUGAGGCGAGCGUCACGGCUUUUGUCGUCGACCAUAAGGCUCGAGAGGAAAGUACCCAGGAAGCAAACACUGUUGCGAGCUGGCUUAGAGAACUGGGUAUCACGACCCAGAUCCUCCCGCUAGACUGGACGGGCAUCAGACUUUCUGCGUUCGAAACGCAGGCACGUCGCUUGAGAUUCCAGGCGCUGGGACAGGCCUGUAGGAACCGGGGCAUUGAAGCACUACUUAUGGGUCAUCACCAGGAUGACAACGUCGAGACUACGAUUUGGAGACUUUGCUCUGGUGCCCGCGGCGCAGGACUAGCGGGUAUUUCUCCUCUUGCGAGGAUUCCAGAGUGUCAUGGUCUUCACGGAGUGUCGGGGAGUGGGGAGACUUUCACUGUGGAUGCUGAUGAAUUUAUCCAAUCUCAACGCCAAAGCCCAGCUCCAGGCCGGCAGAGCAGUGCGCGGGUAUCAACAGGCGGAAUCCUCAUUUGUCGACCACUCCUCUCCUUCCCUAAAGCGGAUCUCGUCGCAACGUGUCAGGAGAAUAAAGUCCCGUUCGUUUCGGACCCAACCAAUUUUGACCCUACCCUUACGCCUCGCAAUGCGAUCCGCUCGCUUCUGUCGUCUAAUUCUCUACCACGUGCUCUACAGAACCCGUCUGUCCUAUCUUUAGUCGACCACAGCCGGAGCUUAAUCCAUGACUCGCACCGUUUCUCCGAUGGUAUUCUUGAAUCCCAAUGCAGGCUACUCAGUCUCCGGCUCGCUUCGGGGUCCAUCACGGUCCAGUUUAGAUCUCUACCACCAUCUUCUACGGAGGCUCAACAACAAGGGAUACCACCUCAGCGCCUCCACGAAAUCCAAGCCCUCACUCUUCGUCGGAUAACGGAACUCGUCUCCCCGUUUCCAGACAACCAUUUCCCAUUCAGUAGUUUUGAAGGGUUCACCAGUCGUGUCUUCCGUUCUCCGGCCACCACAGCACAAGCAACUGAAGAGAAAAUGGGGAAGAAGCAAAAACCAUUUACGUUAGGCGGCGUGCUCUUCCGCCCCCUGGAUCCCUCGAAUACCAACACAUCUACGACGACAACAACAACAACAACACCUAAUGACGAUGAUGGUGCUGGUGCUGGCAACGGCGACACGAGCUGGCUCCUAACUCGCCAACCAUACAUGCGUCAUCGCGACCCAAUCCUCCACUUCAAUGUACCAAGCCCAGCCCCACCAAAAAGCCCAGAACAAGAAUCACAUAUACCCUGGACACUAUGGGAUAACCGCUUCUGGAUCCGUGCUUCGAUCGUCCCUAGACAAGAUCCUUUGGCGUCUCAAUAUACCUCAUCAAUUCCCCAUUAUCAACAUGGAGACGAAGGGCCAUCCUCCAAUUCUACUCCCGUACCUACUCGGACACCAUCCGCAAACAACGAGGAGCGUUCCAAAGAAAGCCGAAUCCACCUUGUUAUUCGCCCUCUCCGCCAAUCAGAUAUCUCCACCCUCCGCCAAGUGCAUACCAAAAAGUCAAAAAGAAAGGGGCAAAAUACCAAUCCUGUAUGUGAGGGUGAGUGCGAAAAUGAAGACAGCAUUGGUGUAGCUGCAUUUUUUGCAAAACUAGAUCAGGAAGCUCCGGGGCAAUCACGGUUUACGGUUCCAGUCCUUGCUAUUGCGGAGGGUGAAGCUGAUGGCGUGGUGGGAGCCGUUGAUGUGCCGUUGGCCCUGCCAACAAUUGAUCUGAUGUUUCCGAGGCUGGAGUUUAGGGGUUGGAGAAUAACCUGGGAAUGGAAGUAUAAGAUGAUUGACCUUGAAUCAUUAAAGUUAAUGGGGUCAGUAUAA